UAUAAUUCCGGGUCCUUCCGGCGCCGAGGUCAGGAGGAGAGAAGUGUUUGUUGCGGUGACUCCUUCACUUCGUCCUACACGUGUCUCCGGCUCCAUUCCGCCGCUUGUAUUCACCUCACAAGUUCACUGCAACACAACCAGCAGCGACAGUAACACUAGCACAAUGGCAGUUCCUCCAGUGUACGCAGACCUCGGCAAAUCAGCAAAGGACAUCUUCAACAAGGGAUAUGGUUUUGGACUGGUGAAGCUUGAUGUGAAGACAAAGUCUCCAAGUGGAGUGGAAUUUAAAACGUCUGGGCUGUCCAACAUAGACACCAGCAAGGUCACUGGAGCCCUGGAAACCAAGUACAAGUGGGCUGAAUAUGGGCUGAUGUUCACAGAGAAGUGGACAACGGAAAACACACUUGGAACAGAGAUUUGUGUUGAGGAUCAGAUCACUAAAGGCCUGAAACUCACUUUUGACACUACGUUUUCACCAAAUACUGGCAAGAAGAGCGGCAAGGUCAAGACAGCUUAUAAAAGGGAAUACAUUAAUGUCGGUGUUGAUGCAGACUUGGAUUUUGCUGGUCCUACCAUUCACGGAGCAGCAGUGGCCGGCUAUGAGGGCUGGCUGGCUGGCUACCAGAUGACCUUUGACUCAGCCAAAUCCAAGAUUACCCAGAGCAACUUCUCUGUCGGCUACAAGACUGGGGACUUCCAGCUCCACACCAAUAUAAAUGAUGGUUCAGAGUUUGGCGGAUCCAUUUACCAGAAGGUGAACGACAAUCUGGAGACGGCUGUGAAUCUUGCCUGGACAGCGGGCAGCAACGGCACCCGCUUUGGAAUUGCUGCCAAAUACCAGUUAGACUCCAGUGCUGCCAUAUCAGCUAAGGUGAAUAAUGCCAGCAUGGUAGGAGUUGGAUACACCCAGACUCUGCGGCCUGGUAUAAAACUCAUCCUCUCAGCACAGGUGGAUGGGAAGAAUAUCAAUGCUGGUGGUCACAAACUAGGUCUGGGCCUGGAGCUGGAGGCAUAAGGAUCUGCUCUGCUGUUUCAUGAGGAGAAGAAUAUCAGCUGAUUCAGUCCCUGGGUGUUAAUGUCUGGUCAGCAACAGAUAUUCUUAUGAAAUGAAGCCAAAACAAAAACACAAGCCGAGCUCUCAUGCACUGUUCAGAUGGAAAGCCUUCCAGUAGCCUCCUUUCAUUGUGUUUCCACUAUAUAGUCAUGUUUCAGUCAGAUGAAUGAAUCGGUUUAUUUUACCUAAUGAAGAAAAGCCUCCUCUGGGUGUUGGAUUGUGGUUUCUUGACUUUGACAAUACAGAAACGGUUAAAAAAACAACCACCUUGUUAUUUUGCUGAAGUGUGAUAGCGUAGAAUGUAAAUCAGAGCUGUUAUUUUGCACAAUAGAACACUUAACCUUAAUUUAAGCUCCUUCUCCUUUUGUGUUAUUUGCACAUUUCUUUAAUUUUUUUGGUAGCAACGUUCCGCCUGUUGGAAGAAGAACUCCAACCAUCCGGAUUGGCUCGUCUUCACGUAUCUACCCAGAGAAGCUUUAUCGUGCUGUGUGAUGAGUUUUAGAACCUCCACUACCUUAAAUAGCUGCUUUUAAGUUGCACAAAAUUGUAAAACAGAUUUUUAUUUUCCUGUGUGAUGUGAGUGAAAGAAUAUCCAAGUGUGUUAUCCAUCCCUCUUCUCAUCUUUGAGGACUGUGACACUUGAUCAGGAAACUGUUUGUGUGUUGGUGUAUCUACCUUUGCAAUAAAGUCCUGAAAUCAG